AUGGCUACCGCAACUGUCCUCGAAAAGACCAACAUUGGUGUUUACACCAACACCAACCACGACUUGUGGGUCGCGGAAUCGAAACCGACGCUCGAGGAGGUGAAGAGUGGCGAGAGCUUGAAGCCCGGUGAGGUAACAGUUCAGGUUCGCAGUACCGGAAUUUGCGGAUCUGACGUGCAUUUCUGGCAUGCCGGCUGCAUUGGUCCCAUGAUUGUCACGGGAGACCACAUCCUGGGUCACGAGUCGGCCGGUGAAGUGAUUGCAGUUGCCUCCGAUGUCACCCAUCUCAAGCCAGGCGACCGUGUCGCCGUCGAGCCCAACAUUCCCUGCCACGCUUGCGAGCCUUGCCUGACUGGACGUUACAACGGUUGUGACAAGGUGCUUUUCCUGUCCACUCCUCCCGUAGACGGUUUGCUGCGGCGCUAUGUCAACCACCCAGCUGUGUGGUGCCACAAGAUCGGUGAUAUGAGCUAUGAGGAUGGCGCUCUGUUGGAACCCCUCAGCGUGUCUUUGGCUGCGAUUGAGCGAAGCGGGCUUCGCUUGGGCGACCCUGUUCUUGUCACCGGUGCUGGUCCCAUCGGUUUGAUCACUCUCCUCAGUGCCCGCGCCGCCGGCGCAACACCCAUUGUCAUCACCGAUAUCGACGAGGGAAGACUAGCAUUUGCUAAGUCGUUGGUUCCCGAGGUUAUCACCUACAAGGUGCAGACCAAUCUGUCCGCCGAGGAUAACGCUGCGGGUAUUAUCGAUGCCUUUAACGAUGGCCAGGGCUCCGCUCCUGAUGCUCUGAAGCCUAAGCUGGCACUGGAGUGCACUGGAGUUGAGAGCAGUGUCGCAUCUGCCAUCUGGAGUGUCAAGUUCGGUGGCAAGGUCUUCGUGAUCGGUGUGGGCAAGAACGAGAUGAAGAUUCCGUUCAUGCGCCUGAGUACCCAAGAGAUCGACCUUCAGUACCAGUACCGCUACUGCAACACCUGGCCCCGCGCCAUUCGCCUUGUGAGGAACGGUGUCAUCAGCCUGAAGAAGCUUGUUACACAUCGCUUCCUCUUGGAGGACGCUCUCAAGGCCUUCGAAACUGCUGCAGACCCCAAGACUGGAGCCAUCAAGGUUCAGAUCAUGAGCAACGAGGAGGAUGUGAAAGCCGCUUCAGCUUGA